AUGAUUGCUGUCACUCUUUCAUCGUUCACACAACCCAUCCGAUCCUUUUCCAAUACAUUUUGCCGCCAACAACGGAUAAGAUCCUUUGCUUCCAGCCGAGUCAUCCAGGCAGCCAUUUCGGAACAGGAUGAAACCUACAUGAAUCAAGCCAUUCAAUUCGCCCAACAGGGGAUGGGGCACACCUUUCCAAAUCCUGCCGUGGGAUGUGUGAUUGUCAAUGAAGCAUCAGGUCAAGUUUUGGGCGCUGGAUUUCAUCCAAAGGCGGGGUUCCCUCAUGCCGAAGUCUUUGCCAUGCUACAGGCGGCUGGACACAUUGAAGACGGAGUAGCAGCCGCCCAAUCCGUAGUGGAAGGAAAUGCCAAUAGCGAUCAAGUCGAACAGCUGAUGAAACAAUACUAUGCCGAAGGUGGACCUGAAGAAUUGUUUGGCAAUGUCUUUGGAGAAGAGCCUUCCAUCACUGCGUAUGUAACAUUGGAACCCUGUUCACACUAUGGUCAAACACCACCCUGUGCGACGACGCUAGCCUUGGCCAAGACAAAUCGUGUAGUGGUUGGAAUUGAAGACCCCAACCCCAAAGUCGAUGGUGGUGGAUGUCGCAUCUUGCAAGAAGCGAAUGUCCAUGUGGAUUUGGUGAAUGUUGCUACUACUACUGACGACGACGACGACGACGACGAAGAUGAAGACGAAGGUAAUGACAAGGUGGAUGAGGAGGCCCUGCAAGAAAAUUGUGAGAAACUUGUCACGAACUUUUUGAAACGCAUCACUCCGAAAGACUACGACAGUGAUUAUUCGUGGAUGAAUGGUGCCAAACGAUCCAUUCUUCGUAAAUUGGCUAAUUCUCGUAAAGCUAGUGAUAGGAUGGCUCAAGUCACUUGGACAGGUAGGACCAAGGCGUCAGACGAAGAUGGGGUAGAUGUAUUAGAAGUGGAGGCAGAAUGGCUGGAACGGCUUGACCGCUUCUUGUGGAAGGAGGAACUGGUCAAUCUUCGACUCAAUAAAGCGGUCAGUAAAAAGAAAUUGGCCAAGCGAUUGGGAGAACGGAUUGGGAAAGCUUUGGGAGCUCAUGUAGCACAAGCUGUAGGUCACACGGUGUUGCUGUACCGACCAGGUGUACCACCCGUUUUGGAUUUGGAAAAAUUGGUUGAAGAAGCUAAAGGACAAGCUGAUCAACAGCGAACAACAGAGGAAUAG